AAUAGACACCCGGCUUCAGUUUUCAUGUGUCAGCGGCGGUGGAAGGAAGAAGCAGCUCAGCGGCGGUUAAUCCUUAAAUCUGAUCAGGCGGAGAAAACACAUAUCAUGGACAGCCGAAAGCGCCCGAGAGAAGAGCCGCUGAUUGUGGAGCUGCUAAAAACCCCAGAGAAGAGGUAUAAAGAAGGCAAUUACAAGGACUGGGACACCGAGGAAACCUGCUCCUAUCUUCGCCAGCACGGACUCGGAGAAUGGGAACAAAAGUUCAAAGAACAGAAGAUUACAGGAUUGGGACUACGCUAUCUCACUGAACUCCAGCUGGAAAAGAUGGGCAUUGAGCCCAUGGGCUCCAGACUGCAGAUCCUCCACUAUCUCAGCAAACUCUGGCAAAUCUCGUCUGAGUGCAUGAAGGUCUUUAACGAUCCCAUUCAUGGCCACAUCGAGCUCCAUCCUCUGCUGAUGCGCAUCAUCGACACCCCUCAGUUCCAGAGGCUACGGCACAUCAAGCAGCUGGGAGCCACAUACAUGGUGUUUCCUGGAGCUGCACACAACCGCUUCGAACACUGCAUAGGUGUUGGAUAUUUAGCAGGUUGUCUGGUCCAAGCUCUGAACGAGAGACAGCCUGAGCUCCUCAUCACCAAACAAGACAUCCUGUGUGUUCAGAUCGCCGGCUUGUGCCAUGACCUGGGUCACGGUCCUUUUUCCCACAUGUUCGAUGGAUUGUUUAUUCCGACGGUUCGACCCGGACUGAAAUGGAAGCACGAGAGCGCGUCGGUCCAGAUGUUUGACCACCUGGUGAAAGUGAAUAAUCUGAAGGGAGUGAUGGAGGAGUACGGACUCUCUCUACCCAACGACCUGAUCUUCAUUAAAGAGCAGAUCGCUGGGCCGCUGGACUCCGUUUCCUCGGCCAACAAGUGGGCGUACAAAGGCAGAUCGGAAGAGAAAGCGUUCCUGUACGAGAUCGUCGCCAAUAAGAGGACCGGCAUCGACGUGGACAAGUGGGAUUAUUUUGCGAGAGACUGCUAUCACCUGGGCAUCCAGAACAACUCCGACUACCGUCGCUUCCUCAAGUUCGCUCGAGUGUGUGACGUGAAGGGCAAGAAACACAUCUGCACCAGAGACAAGGAAGUAGGUGAUUUAUACGACAUGUUCCACACACGUAACUGCCUGCAUCGCCGCGCGUACCAACACAAAGUGGGCAACGUCAUCGAGGUCAUGAUUACAGAAGCUCUGGUGAAAGCCGAUCCGUACGUUAAAAUCCGGGGCUCUUCAGGAAAGACGUACAGAAUUUCGGAAGCCAUCGAUGACAUGGAGGCUUACACUAAACUCACAGAUCACAUUUUCGAGCAGAUCCUGUACUCGUCUGAUCCAGUGCUAUCUGAAGCUCAGGCCAUCCUGCAGAACAUCCUCUGUAGAAGGCUGUACAAAUGCGUGGGCCAGACGACACCUGACUCUCACUAUGACGUGUCGCAGGACAUGUUACUCAUGUGGGCUCGUGAGGUGUCUGAGAGUAAACCUGACCGCAUUGAGGUGGAUCUCAAGCCCGAGGACUUCGUAGUCAACGUGAUUUGUAUGGAUUAUGGAAUGAAAGAGAAGAACCCUGUGAACAACGUUUAUUUCUACUGCAAGAACGACCCCACCAAAGCCAUCAAGAUCCGCAAGAACCAGGUGUCCAAGUUACUGCCGGAACGAUUUGCAGAGCAGCUGAUCAGAGUUUACUGCAAAAAAACAGACGAGAGGGAUCUGGAAGCGGCAAAGAAAUAUUUUGUGCAGUGGUGUAUGAACAGAAAUUUCUCCAAACCACAGGACGGCGAUGUCACGGCCCCAGAGCUCACUCCACUAAAGCGUGACUGGCAGAAUGAAGACGAUGACGACUCUGACAGCGAGAACGACAGUGACAACGACACCAGAGGUCGACGGAUUCUCAACCAUGGAAAACCCGUAAAAACAAAUCUGUUUCAAUUGCCACAAGACAAAACAAGCUAAAGUGUUGGCACCCCUGAAAAUGCUCAGGUUCAGUAUUUCGGCACCUCCAACACCUUCAGAGGACCUUAAACAUGUUACCUUCUAGUGGCAGUAAAUGACAGGAAGCUAAGAGCCACUUCUGGUGAAUAAAAACAGGACAGAUCUGAGAUUAUCCUGAGAGAUCUCGAACUCUACCUGAAAAUGCUGCCUACUCAGAGUGGAUAAAGUAUUACUGAUAAAGUAUUACUGAUAAAGUAUUACUGAUAAAGUAUUACUGAUAAAGUAUUAAUGAUAAAUAAAACAAUAAAACAAAAUCCAUACCAGUGUAGAACAUUAUAGAUCAUUAGCACGAGUCUUUCGGCCUUGUAACAAUUAAAAUGAAAAUAAAUUCAAUUUGAUGUUUCUAAACAUUUCCUAAGCCAUGCCUAAAUUCUCUCUUACCUAGCUGCACUAAAUAGUAUGGUGUCCUAUUUAUUAUAAACAAACUAUAUCACUAUUUAUAUUCUUAUUAUAUACUGUUACAAAUAAAUAAAAAGUCCUUUACUGCCACUCACGGAAAAAUGUUUAUCGUUCCUGUAAAAUCGGUGCCCUGUUUUUCUUUUAAUCUUUUUUUUUAAUUUUUUUUUUUUUAGCUCUAUUUUUAUAUUUUAAAAAAAGAUUCUGCAGACUCCAUUUAUUUGGUUAAAAAAAUCAUGUUAAUUUGUCCAUCAUGCUCUUCAUCAUGCUAUCUGAACGUCCUUGAGAUGAAGGUCUGGCGAGGGGGGCGGGGCGGGGCAGAGGGCGGAGCUUGAGAGACAUUCAACCAUUCGAUUGCAUUCCUUCUCCUAUUUUGUAUCACCGUGCAAAAAUGUUUUUAUAUUGUUUAGUUUCUACUCUUAUUUAAUGUGGUUUAAGCUCCGCCCACUCGUUAACCCAAAGACGCCCGUCACUCCGAAGGAUUGGGGGGGGGUGUCGUGAGAUCUACCUCUGUGUUACACGAGUAUAAGGAGAAAGAGCAAUCUUCCUGGAGAGACAGAGGACAUUUAGAACAUUGUGUCUUCCUGAGAUAACACUCAGUGUUUAUUAGCAAUAAGAGCAAUGUUCAUUUUUCAAGGUUUAUUUAUGCAAACAAAAGUUGUUCUGACAUGUACACAUGUAUAUAUGUAUUUUUAUAUGUGUGUAUUAUGGUAUUUUGUUCAUUUUCAUCCAAAGUAUGGUUCUGGGACUUUUAAGCAUUUUUUGUUGUCUUGUUGCAGGCAUGUUCAUUUUUAAUAUCUAUAUAUAUUUUUGUUUUUGUUUUUUUAAUAGAUCAGCAAUUCUUUUCUAGCUUUCUAUUCUUACUUGGAUCUCAAUGUGGAUGCAAACUUUUGCAUAAGGCAUUAUAAAGCAUAAUAGUCUGUACUAGAGGUUCAUACCUUCCCAACUUUACACCUUUUUAUCCUUUUUCCCCUUCUGUUGAAAACUGCAGAUAAGCCAAUCAUCAUGUGCAUACUUGGAAGCUCAGACACCUUCUCUAUAUCUAGUCGAUUUUUUCAAGUGUUCCUUUGCUUUCCAGCAAGAGCUUUCCCGGUAUCAAUGGAGCAAUAUUAAAGAUUCGUAUUAAUGGAAGCAAAAAAAAAAAACAAUAUUAUAUUUUUAUUAUAUAUAAUAUUUUUAUUAUAUAUAAACUAUAUUUAUAUAGUUUCUUUUUUUUUCUUCUAGACUUUUUGUACACACUUUUUAUAUGCAGGUUAAACGUGUUGUUUUUACUCUGCACGUGAGCAGCAUCAUACCUUCUGUCAGUCCGCUAACGUUAUUCCUGCAGCGAGGUUUUGUUUGUUCUGAUGUGUGUGGGUUUUGUUGAGGUUUCAGUAUUAACCGGUGCACUCCAGUGUUAGAAGGUGAGAAUUUGUUUGCAGUGUUGUGUGGGGUUUAUUUUUUUCUACACGAUUAUGGAGAAUUGUGUGAUGGUGAAUUGUGAUGGCGCUGUUCAUGAAUGUAGAUGAAUAAUAAAGCGGGAUUGAGAGGAA